CAGUCGAAAUCCACUGCCGAGACCAGAAGGCCUACUGGUCUGACUGGUCACUCGUCGUGAGACUGUUCAUUCAAUCUGGACGUUUUGAUCUGGCAUUCUGGAUGGGUCAUUGUCUGAAUUGUCUGCAGUCUUAUUGAUAGUUAUGAAGGCAUUGAUGAGGAGGCAUUUUGUAUGUUGGACGAUGGAACAAUAAAGGAGCUGAUUCCAAAAAUUGGUACCAGAACAGAAUGAAGUUUACAAGGAAGUACCGCAAUCUACUAGUCCCUGCUUUAACUGUCGACGCAAUGUACCAGUAUACACCAUAGGCACGUAAUUAUAAGAGUUCAAUAACUCCCCCGCCCCUCGACUGAAAAACACACCCUCAAUGACAGCACACAUAAAACUGUACGAGUGUUGACACUGUUGUCAGUUGGGCUGGAGCCUUUAUCGUCAUAUACCUGUCGACGUCCAGGGAUAAGGUGGCCUUCGUUUCCCGGACGUAGCCUUACGAUAUAAACCUGGUGUCGACGGAGCAAUCUGGGCGCGAGGCCAAUAUGGCUGUCAGUCGAGUGCCCACCCCUCCACCCUCGGACAUGAUCUGUCCCGUCGCUGAGAACUGGUGUUACACCCAGGUCAAAGUGGUGAAAUUCUCGUACAUGUGGACGAUCAACAACUUCAGUUUCUGCCGAGAAGAAAUGGGCGAGGUGCUCAAGAGUUCCACAUUCUCGGCGGGGGCAAACGACAAAUUAAAAUGGUGCCUGCGAGUUAACCCUAAGGGCCUGGACGAGGAGAGCAAAGACUACCUCUCACUCUAUCUACUCCUGGUCUCCUGUAACAAAAGUGAGGUCCGAGCGAAGUUCAAAUUCUCUAUACUUAAUGCAAAACGUGAAGAAACUAAAGCUAUGGAAAGUCAGCGAGCGUAUCGGUUCGUUCAGGGGAAGGAUUGGGGAUUUAAAAAAUUUAUACGGCGAGACUUCUUAAUGGAUGAGCCAAACGGCUUGUUGCCAGAUGAUAAGUUAACAAUAUUUUGUGAGGUGAGUGUAGUAGGUGACACAGUGAACAUGUCAGGACAGUCCAACUGUUCACCGGUGAAAGUGCCUGAGUGUCGGUUAAGUGAAGACCUGGGCAACCUGUUUGAAAGAUCUGCCUUUAGUGAUGUCAUUCUCCUGGUGAGCGGGCGAGAGUUCUUAGCGCAUAAAGCUAUAUUAGCGGCACGUUCUCCAGUAUUUAACGCCAUGUUCGAGCAUGAGAUGGAGGAACGGAAACAGAACCGGGUCGAGAUCACAGACGUCGAUCACGAGGUGAUGCGGGAGAUGAUACGGUUUAUUUACACGGGGAAAGCACCAAAUCUUGAGAAGAUGGCCGAUGAUCUCCUUGCUGCCGCAGAUAAGUAUGCGUUGGAGCGGUUGAAAGUGAUGUGUGAGGAGGCAUUGUGCUCGGGCCUGUUGAUAGAAAACGUCUCCGAAAUCCUGGUGUUGGCUGAUUUACACAGUGCUGAACAAUUAAAAACUCAUGCAAUAGAUUUCAUUAAUAGUCAUGCAACGGACGUGAUGGAGACUCAAGGCUGGAAGACGAUGGUCAGCAGCCAUCCCCACCUUGUGGCCGAUGCAUUUCGUGCGCUUGCAAGUCAGCAAAGUCCGCCGCUCGGACCACCGCGCAAACGCAUGAAAACGUCAUAACAAAAAAGGUGUACGGACUACUUACUCUCUGACUCUCCCGUGGAAGGAUAAACAACGGUGCAUUCUGAGCAUUAAGCAUUGCGACAUUUUGCAGCAGUUUCGACCAAUUUUUAAUCCUUGAUCUUCUGUUGGAGGCCUAAAAAUAUGAACAGUAAAUCACUUGUGUGCACGGAGCUUCUGGUUGCGACCCAAGUCGCAGAAAGCCAAAGUUGACAUCUUGGUCGAAAAUGUUGUAAAAUGACUUGAUUGGUUUAUUCUAGUCAGAGAUGCAUCGUUAUACCUCGGUCAAACAUUCAAUGGGAACGCAAACUUCAAAACAGUGGAAACUGCACGGUCAAAUCAAGGAGCAGACAGUGCUGCCAUCUGUGGUGAACUUCUGUAUCAUAAAACAAUGUGUACGUUCUUGUUCUGUGGGAGUACAUGUUUAUUUGUUAUAUAUUCGUACAUUUUACGAUUAUCCAUUAUCCGUGACUCUGAUCAGAUGCAUUGUGGGAUUACGCCCCAAUCAAACUGCAGAACAUCAUUGUGGCAACGAUUCUUUAAGUUAUUGUGAGCUGUUAGUUUGUUAUUGAAUGGUAGACGGCCAUUUGAAGAGAAGGAUUAUUCUGCAAAGGCCCAGUCACGGGCCAAGCUGCCAUCGUUAAUGAGGGUAGGAAUGACUCGGCCAGGAGCCAUCACAAGUAACGAUGGCUCCUGGCCGAGUCCGCAGUAAUUGCAUACACACAUAUGAAUACAGGGGAACCUCCCUUAGUGGACACCUCUCUAUUUGGGACAACCUCUCUAUAAAGGACACUAAGUUUGGUCCAAAUUGCUUGUUUCUAUUCAGUUUGACCUCAUUAAUCAGGACAACUCUCUAUUUGGGACAGUCCUUGUCCACCCCGAGGGUGUCCUUAAUAAAGAGGUUCUACUGAACAUUCUGCCUUGGAGGAGGAAUACUCGGUGGAGAAAUCACCUCCAAGUGCAGAGUGAACACUGAAUGAGAAGGAGAAAACUGUACAUACAAUUACAAGUGCUGAAAAUAUGAAUUAUUGUUUUGAGAAAUGAUUGAAAUGCAUCAGAUGAAUUUCUGAAUUGGCUUCCAGAAACCAUAUCGUUUUGAGAUGCUUAAAGGGACAAUGAGGGUUAUUAGUUUAAAAUUCUUCAGUGAACAAGUUCAUAUGUGUAUUUAUCAAGCUUUAUUUGUAGAAUGAGAUCAGAACUUGGCGAUUUGUCAUGAUUCUAGAAGACGCAUGGUAUUUGAAAUAAGUGUGGCACAUAAUUUUAAAACUCUCAAAAUAAUUCCUUGACCUUGGUGUUGUAUGAUGAAGUUUGUGUUGAUAAUGCGUACAUCACUUCUGUUCAGUUUUGUUUAACGUAUUUGCCUUGUUUCAUAUUUCUUCUGUUUACCUCCCUGUUUUUGUUACACUUUUUGACAUUCAUCAAAAUGACCUCUUAAAAAUGGUUGUGUGGUAAUUUCAGCAAACUGUUAGGACGUUUUUGAUUCGUCGGAUAUACAAAUUUGUAUUCUUGAAAGAGCUUGUUGAAGGCCUCUUGUCACACAAGGGUCUGAGCUUGUUGAAGGCCUCUUGUCACACAAGGGUCUGAGCUUGUUGAAGGCCUCUUGUCACACAAGGGUCUGAGCUUGUUGAAGGCCUCUUGUCACACAAGGGUCUGAGCUUGUUGAAGGCCUCUUGUCACACAAGGGUCUGAGCUUGUUGAAGGCCUCUUGUCACACAAGGGUCUGAGCUUGUUGAAGGCCUCUUGUCACAUAAGGGUCUGAGCUUGUUGAAGGCCUCUUGUCACACAAGGGUCUGAGCUUGUUGAAGGCCUCUUGUCACACAAGGGUCUGAGCUUGUUGAAGGCCUCUUGUCA